GGUCAAUGAUCUGUUUGAAGAUAUCAAAGAUGGGAUUAUGCUACUUGCUCUUUUGGAGGUUCUUUCUGGUCAGAAACUGCCCUGCGAGCAGGGACGUCAUCUGAAGAGAAUCCAUUGGGUGGCUAAUAUUGGCUCUGCCCUUAAGUUUCUAGAAGGAAGGCGGAUUAAGCUAGUCAACAUCAAUUCAACUGAUAUUGCUGAUGGUAGGCCUUCUAUUGUACUUGGCUUGAUGUGGACCAUAAUUUUAUAUUUCCAGAUUGAAGAGCUGACAAGCAACCUUCCACAGCUGCAGUCAUUGUCUAGCAGUACGUCUUCUGUGGACAGUGUUGUCAGCUCUGAGGCUGCAAGUCCACCAACAAAACGGAAGGUAGUAACCAAAGUUCAAGGAAACGCUAAGAAGGCUUUGUUAAAGUGGGUGCAGUACACAGCAGCAAAGCAGGCUGGAAUUGAAGUCAAAGAUUUUGGACGAAGUUGGAGGAGUGGUGUUGCCUUUCAUUCAGUUAUUCAUGCUAUUCGUCCAGAGCUAGUGGACAUGGAGAAAGUGAAAGGAAGAUCUAAUAGGGAAAACCUAAAUGAGGCCUUCACAAUUGCAGAAACAGAACUAGGAAUCCCAAGACUUCUUGAUCCAGAAGAUGUGGAUGUUGACAAGCCAGACGAAAAGUCUAUCAUGACCUACGUAGCACAGUUCCUGAAACACUAUCCUGAUCUUCAUAAUACAACUGAAAUGCAGGAGAAUGAUAAAGAAGAUAGACUGAUGCUGAGAGACCUCAAAGUUUGGGUCGAACAGUUCGAAAGGGACCUGACCAGGACACAGAUGGCAGAAAUAAGCUUACAGGAAAAAUACCAGUCAUUUAAACACUUCCGAGUCCAGUAUGAAAUAAAGAGGAAACAGAUUGAACUUGUAAUCCAGUCUUCACGUAAAGAUGGUAAAUUGUCACUUGAUCAAGCUAUGGUGAAGCAAGCUUGGGACAGGGUUUCUUCCAGGCUACUAGAUUGGCACAAAUAUCUUGAUAAAUCUCUUCCUGCGCCUUUGGGUACCAUAGGUGCCUGGCUUUACAGAGCAGAGGCUGCCGUUAGGGAAGAAAUAAUUGUCCAGCAAGCUCAUGAGGAAACAGCAAAUACGAUACAUCGGAAGCUUGAACAGCAUAAGGACCUGCUUAAAAACCUAGAUGGUCACAAAAAGGCAUUCCAAGGGAUCCACCGGGCUAGGUCUGUUAAUGGAGUCCCUGUUCCACUGGAGCAAUUAGACGAUAUGGCAGAGAGGUUUAAUUUUGUUGCAUCUACGUCUGAACUCCAUCUGUUGAAAAUGGAGUUUCUGGAACUGAAAUACCGUCUGCUGUCACUGUUAGUCCUUGCAGAAUCCAAGUUAAAAUCAUGGAUUAUCAAAUAUGGAAGACGAGAGUCGGUAGAACUACUUCUACAAAAUUAUAUUUCUGUUAUUGAAAACAGUAAAUUCUUUGAGCAGUAUGAAGUUACAUACCAGAUCUUGAAAAGGGCAGCUGAGAUGUAUGCCAAAGCUAAUGGCUCAGUGGAAGAAGCAGAGAAUGUGAUGAAAUUCAUGAAUGAAACAACAGCCCAGUGGAGGAACCUGUCGGUAGAGGUGAGAAGUGUGAGGAGCAUGUUAGAAGAAGUGAUUGCUAACUGGGAUCGAUAUAGCAGCACUGUGGCCAGUCUGCAGGCCUGGCUGGAGGAUGCGGAAAAAAUGCUGAAUCAGCCUGAACAUGCCAAAAAGGAUUUUUUCCGACAUUUACCUCAUUGGAUCCAGCAGCACACAGCCAUGAAUGAUGCUGGUAACUUUCUUAUUGAAACUUGUGAUGAGACUAUUUCCAGAGAUCUUAAACAACAGCUGCUGCUACUAAAUGGAAGAUGGAGAGAGUUGUUUAUGAAAGUUAAGCAAUAUGCUCGGGCAGAUGAAUUUGACAGAAUGAGGAAGGAAUACUUGGAUGGUGUUGCCACGUUGUCUACCUUUGCUGAUGGCACUAAUGGAAAAAUUUCUGUGCCUGUAGAAGUGUCCUUUCUAAAUGUCAAGAUGUUUGUCCAAGAUUUGGAGGAUAUUAAACAGAAGGUGCCUGUGAUGGAAGCUCAGUACAAGAUAAUUACAAGGACAGCACAGCUUGUUACAAAGGAAAUUCCCCAAGAAGAAGUCAAUGAAAUGCUUGCAACUAUGACAGGGAUCAAAGCACAGAUAAGCAAGACUAAGGAGCGUUGUCCUGUCCUGCUCUAUGAAGCUCAGCAGCUGCUGUCUCCUCUGGAAGAAUUAGAAAAGCAAAUUACAUAUUUUUAUGAGUCUCUUGAGAAAGUCAAUGAAAUAAUUUCUGCCCUAGAUCCUGAAGUGCAACCUGCAGCUGUUUUUAAACAAAACCACCAGGAUUUGGUAGCAUACCAAGAAAACUGCAAGAAAGCUCUGUCCCUGAUUGAGAGAAACAGUCAGGGCAUUCUGAAGUUUGUGGCUUCGAGUAAGGUGUUACAACAUUUCAAUCCAUUGAUGCUUCAGAAGAAGGUCACAGAGAUCCAGGUUGCUUUUCAGGAUAUGGUCAAGAAGACUGGUGACUGGAGAAAAAAUGUAGAAGCAAAUAGCCGUUUGAUGAAAAAAUUUGAGGAGUCCAGGGCAGAACUAGAGAAAGUGCUACAGAUUGCCAAUGGAUGCCUAGAAGAAAAAGGAAAUCCUGAAGAACUUCUCAGGAAACAUACUGAGUUUUUCAGCCAGUUGGACCAAAGAGUGCUUAAUGCCUUCCUGAAAGCUUGUGAUGAACUUACUGACAUCCUUCCUGAGCAAGAACAACACAGCCUGCAGGAAGCUGUUAGGAAACUCCAUAAGCAGUGGAAGGAUCUCCAGGCAGAAGCCCCAUAUCAUUUGGUCCAUCUGAAGAUUGAAGUGGAGAAAAGCAAACUCCUAGGCACAGUGGAAGAGUGUAGAUCUGAACUUGCUAGAGAGAACAAGCUGGUAUCCAGCAAGGGCAGUGAAAAGAUCAUCAAAGAGCACAAGUUUUUCUUCAGUGAUAAGGGACCCUAUCAGUUGUGUGAGAAAAGGCUGCAGCUGAUUGAAGAACUGUGCCUAAAACUCCCAGAAUGGUAUCAACUUAAGACUACAUCAGAAAGCAGCCAAGAAACCCUCAAGGAACUUAAAUCCCAGAUUGAUAGCACCUAUGUGAAGCUAAAAGAGAAUCCUGACAAAUGGAAGGAGUACAAUAAUAGAAUUUCUGAAUUAGCAAGUUGGAUUUCAUCAAAGGAGAGUGAGCUAAAGAAGAUGAAGCAUGAUGUCAAUGAUACUGCCAAAUACAAACAAUUUAAAACAGCCACGGAGUUAAUCCAACAAGAUAUCAGCAAACAAGGAGAAAAUGUCAACUGGCUGAAAUCUAGACUUGCUGUCCUGACUGAGGUUUCUGCUGAGGAUGAAGCCAGAAAGAAAGAGAAUGAGCUAUCUAAACUUUCUAGUGACUUCAAGGGACUCCUACAUUUGCUGGCUGAGAUUGAGAAGAUGUUAAGCACUGUUGGGGAUUGUGUCCAAUACAAAGAAGAAGUAAAAAGUGCCCUAGAAGAACUAAUUACCAACUCAAAAGAAGCCCAAGUAGAGGCUGAAAAAAUCUUAGAUACAGAAAGCUUAUUACAAGCUCAACAACUGCUUCUGCAUCAUCAGCAAAGGACAAAGAGGCUCUGUGCAAAGAGGCAAGAUGUUCAACAGCAGAUUGCACGAGCUAAGCAGCUGCAGAUCGAAGGAGGACUGCCUAGCACAGUGCAAGAAGAUUUACAGAAGCUGGAAGGUACAUUAGAAAACAUGCAGCAGAAUAUGGAGAAACGGGAAGAAAAAUUACAGGUCACAGUAAACAAAUGGGAACAGUUUGAAAGAGACAAAGAAACAGUAGUCAAAUAUCUUAAGCAAGCAAGCUCUGCACUUGAACGCAUCUUAAGCUUUAGCAGUUUAGAGAGCCUCUCAUCAGAACUGGAUCAGACAAAGGAACUUUCUAAACAGACUAUAGCCAUUGCAGCACAGGCUGAGAAUCUUGUGAAGAACUCCUCUGAGAUACAGCUGGGCUCGAAGAACAAGCAAUCCCUUCAACAGCAGGCAAAGUCAAUCCAGGAACAAGUGAAAAAAGUGGAAGUUACCCUUGAAGAAGAUGGCUGCAAGGGCGAGGAACAGACAUUUGACUCAAGUUUCAGAGCUACAAUGAUGUAAAGAUGUUACACUUUGUAUACAAAGAUACCAAGCUCAAAGAUUUUUCAAGAGCUAAAGGAAAAACAUUAUAGGCUGGUUUCUCUGUUAGUGGCUAUUUAUACCUACAAAACCUUCAUUGUAUGUAAUAUUAAAACAUUUUAAUUAAUGAAUAGUUUUUUUCUUUUUUUGAAUGAAGCUCACUGGCUUACAAAAUAGUCAUGUGGUAUAUUUAUACAGAGUGUCGAAAGCCUUUGUAUUGUAAAAUGUACAUCAGUCAGUGGCUAUAGCACCUUAUUUUAUAGCACCUGAUGUUCUGUGUAUCUUUUAUG